AUGUCCCUAAGCCAGCCCGUCACCACCACAGAUCCACGAGAUAAAGUCUACGGUCAGCUUGAGCUUCUGGACCAAGAAAUUACUAGAAAUAUUAGGCCGGAUUACGCUGCAACCGUUGAGGAGGUAUAUACCGACGUCGCUAAACCAGCUAUCACCGUCACAGUCAUUCGAGAUCAGCAGACACGUAGGAGUAGCUGGCCCUUUCUCACUACCAUUUUGGGUUCCCAAUUAGCCCUCUCCUCAUCGUCGGCACGUUCGACGGCAUGGGCUAUAUUUGACAAGACGAAGCUGGUCACAGAUGGCCGGAAAACAUUGUGUGCUAGAGUAGAGGCACAGCGAAUGCGUACAGAUAUCGCGACGGCGUGCACGAAUCUCUCUGGAGGAGCUUGGUUGCGAACCGCAAGCGGCAGCGUGAAUGAGGAAACACUAGUAGACGACUAUAGCCCACCCCUCGCUGUACCUCUCCAUUUAGCGCAGGGACAUUUACCUAACGAGCAUCUCGAGACUCUGGCUGCCAGCCAUUUCCUACAAUAUUGCGUGGGAUUCUCCGCUUGGAACACUGACUUCUUAAUUGCUGGGAACCCGCUUCCUCACUACUUCACCAUUAAUCUCGACUUCACUGCUACUAAUCCAUUAGCCCUGCGUGUUGCGCUAGCUGGGAGGGACCGGAUCAAUCUGUCGCGACGGCUGUUUACCACGCGAAGGGCUAUGGAGGCAUGA